AUGACCGCGUGGACGAUGUUCAGUUGGAGGAGACUCUACAGCGGGAGAGGUGAGAGCGUGGAGGACUCCCGAGUGGAGUUGCCGGCGGACACGAGACAGCUGGUCUACAACGUCUACGUCUACUUCAACCGUCGCCCCAAUAGGAGCGCCGGGGCGUCCAUCUCGAAAACGGCCCGCGCCACAAUGCUACCCCGCGACAUAGUCGCAGACAUUGUACGGGACAAAUACAGUGACCGAAACUGUGACAGUUGU